UCCCUCCGGUCAGGAAGAAACGCUCGUGUCAGCGCGGGUGUGACGGGACCGCGCGCCCGGCGCCCUCCGCACUACCGCCACCGCGCGAGGAAGGGCAGGGCAGCGCAGGGCAGAAGGGACGCGGCCGGGCCGGGCGUAGCGGCACGAUGGCGCGCGCGGCCCCCUGGCGGCCCCAGCCUUGGCUGGCGGCGGCAGUGCUACUUCUGCUCCCGGGGGCGGCGGCAAAAAGGCCUCACUUUUUUGAUAAGAUUCUGCAUGGAGAAGAAGGAGUUGCACAUUCGCUGCGAGAAAAUUCACAACAAACGUAUGACGAUCAGGCCUUCUCUGAAACUGGGGAUGUUGCAUCUAUUCCAGAUGCUCCAAAAACGUCCGUUGAAGUACUUGGAUUAGAAGGGUCAACUGUUUCAGUCUAUGUUCUUAUUAAUUCCAAAGACUUGAUUCUUAAAUGUUUGACAAAAAAGUUGUUAAUGCAGAGAAUCAUUGAUCCAAAGUAUCAGUGGAUUGGUCCCAUGGGAUUGAUAACCAAAGAAUCACAAAGAUUUCUUUUAACUGAUGAAGGCAACUUGGAGGUCUAUAACAUUCAUGCAAGUGACUCUGGGAGUUACACCUGCAGCGUUAUCUAUAUGCAUAAUGAUAGACAUGUGAUAACAGAAUUCAGUUUUAUGGUCUAUGAUUCUUUCCAAUCUGUCCACAUCCUUCUGGAAGAAUGGGGCCUGAAACUGGACACAGUACUCCAAGUGAGGCCUCGCCAGUGUUGAACAGUCAAAAAAAUCACUUCACUUGAUUUGCAAGAGACCCUCCCAUUAAUACGAUGUAGUACACAGUUAGCCUUUCUUUGCAACAAUAGCCCCUGUUGGCUCAUAUUCAUUUUAUAGUACACCCAGGUCCUUCUCUGCAGUACUGUGGCCUACCCAGUUAUUCCCCUAUUUGUGCAUACAAUUAUUCCAUCUCAAGUGCAGGACUUAGCAUUUGCCCUUGUUUUAUUUAACCUGGUUGAUUGUGGGCCAUUUUUACAGUCUCCCCAGGUAAUUCUGGAGCCUAGUCCUACCCUCCAGAGUGCCUGCAACUCUACCAAGCUUGGUGUCUGUUGGCACUGGACCUGGUCCCAGUGUCACAGGGUCCUGGUCCCAGUGGAGUUACCAGUUGUUAGUACUGGGCCUGGUUCUGAUGGAGUUGCCAGUUGUUGGCACUGGAUUUAUGAUCCAGAUGCCUUAUUCCAGGCAGACCCAAACCCUCAGACUGAUCACAACUUCUUCCAUUUGAUAAUAGGAAAAUGUUAUUGAUACACAGUGUGACAGGGGGAAGUCCCGAGGCCGAGCACAAAGCUGGCCUGCCCACCUGUCUAAGGCAUUUUGCCAUGUCUUUCUUGCCACGACUUAAUGUAUAAAAGAAGAUGUAAUAAUGCAGAAGGCUGCCCAUUUUAUGCCCUGAUGCCAAGAGCAUUAUACAUGUCACAACCCAAGGGUGUGAUUUUUGUUUGUGUGCGCUUCGGCACUGCUAAAUUAUUUCCCGCCACUCGUAGCUUUCUUUGCAGGGUGCAUUUCUUUGUUGCAACAGAGAAAUGCACGUUGCAAGGAGUUCCUGCCAUUUGUAUUCAGAUUUGUGUCCCGCUAUUGGCCAGUUCUAAAUUAUUCCUACGUGGCGGCUAGCGAUUGGCUUGCUAGCCGUAUAAGAGGCUUGAGUGGUUUCCGCCCAAGUUGGAGAACUCCACGACUAUCAGGAGGAGGAGAACUUCACGUCUCAUGAAGAUCUCUAAGCGCUGCGGAGCCUAUCGGACCCAGCGUGUAUCUCAACAAGGCUAUAGGGGUCUGAUCAACCUCUCGCCUCUCCCCGUCGCCGCCUGAUCCCUCGACGUACCCUUCCCUGCGCGCAAAGUUCCACGGAGCCUAGCAAACUUCGUGUGAGCGAAUCCAGAGCUCUACCCGGGCUUCGAGUCAUGCAGUUUUUUCUUCCCCUCGCCGAAACCCCAUUGCGACGUACUCCUGAGGUUUUUGUUCAUCUCCCGUCGCCAAAACCCCAUUGCGACGUACCCUUAUGUUCUGCAGGUUCGAGUUUUUUGUUUUGUUUUGUAACCGCAACUCAAGCAAGUUUUCCUGCCUGCACUGCGACCAUCUUUGGUGUAAGUAAAAUAAUCUUAA